CCGCCCCGCCGCCCACCUUGAGUAGUCAGGCUUGGUGGGGGAAAGUAAAUUCAGGAUUUUGAUCCCCUCCUCCUCCUACCCCCUCUUCUCUAACUUACCCCUCCUUCUUUCAAAAAAGAAAAGUCGUCCCCUAAUUGCAUAAGUUCUCUGGAAUGACCUGCAGAUCAAAGAAAUUAUUUGCACGUCUCUAGCUAGGUGGAAAGAGACCUUAGAAGGUGUGCGAAGAUAGUUUGCAAAAGGGGAGGGAAAUAAUUCUCUUCCACAUUACGAGGAAAGCUGUUUGCAAAGGCAUGGAAGGGUCUUCCCCAUUAUGAGUAAAUCAGCCCUUGGAAAGUCUUCUACUAUGAAUGGGCUCCAUAUUGUCUCCGAUGUUGUUUAACAUCUACAUGAAAUCGCUGGGAGAGAUCAUCAGGAGAUUUUGUGCAGGGUGUUAUCAGUAUGCUGAUGAUGACACCCAAAUCUACUUCUCCAUGUCAACAUCAUCGGGAGAAGGCAUAACCUCCCUAAAUGCCUGCCUGGAUGGGCUGGAUGAGGGAUAACAAAUUGAGGCUGAAUCCAGCCAGGUGGAGGUGAACAAGAGCCUUUCCAUUGUGAACACCUCUGAGUCUUGAGAUAGGAUCUUACACGUGAACAAGGUGAUGUCCAUCUUGUUUUAUGUGAUAUUUCUUGCUUAUCUCCGUGGCAUCCAGUCUACCAACAUGGAUCAAGGGAGUUUACCAGAAGAUUCAAUAAAUUCUCUCAUUAUUAAACUCAUUCAAGCAGACAUUUUGAAAAACAAAGUAUCCAAGCAGAUGGUAGACAUUAAGGACAGCAUUCAAGACACAAUGAAGAAAGCAGAGGCUGUUGAGCCAGAUGUGGAUGGCGAUGAAAAUGUGAAAUUGGAUUUCCAGCCAGUUAUUUCGAUGGAUACAGAACUUUUGAGACAACAAAGACGCUACAGCUCCCCCAGAGUCCUCUUGAGUGACAACACCCCAUUGGAACCCCCACCUUUAUAUCUUAUGGAGGAUUAUAUUGGCAAUUCUGUGGUAGUGAACCGAACAUCUCGGCGGAAAAGGUUUGCUGAAAAUAAGAGCCACCGUGGGGAGUAUUCAGUGUGUGACAGUGAAAGCCGAUGGGUCACGGACAAAUCUUCAGCUAUUGACAUUAGAGGACACCAAGUAACUGUGCUGGGAGAAAUCAAAAUGGGCCCUUCCCCAGUCAAACAAUAUUUUUAUGAAACAAGGUGUAAACAAGCCAAGCCUGCCAGAAGUGGCUGCCGAGGCAUAGAUGAUAAACACUGGAACUCUCAAUGCAAAACAUCCCAAACAUUUGUACGAGCAUUGACUUCGGAAAACAAUAAACUUGUAGCCUGGCGAUGGAUAAGAAUAGACACCUCUUGUGUGUGUGCAUUGUCAAGGAAAAUCGGACGAACAUAGGUCUGCUUCUCUCCGCCAUAUAAAUUAUUAUGUCUAAAUUAUAUGAUAUGCAUGUAGCAUAUAAAUGUUUCUAUUGUUUUAUAUAUUAUAAGUUGUCGUAAUUUAUUAAAUUCCAGCAAACCUACAAGAUAUAUAUAAGCUUUCUCUCUCAAUAAAUAAGAGUAAAGGAUGGGUGUCUACCACUGGCAGCACCAUUUUUCAUUACUGCUUGUGACUUCUGCUCCUCCGCAGCUUUCCAUAAACUGCCUGUAAAAUCUUUGUGUAACAUCAGUAUUUUUCAUUCAGUAUUGUCAAUCCACUGACUGUCAUUGAGUAAACCUGUUAAAAGAAAUUGGGUCAACUUGCCGAGACUUGUGUACACGUUCUUCUAUCCCUUGUGCUCUCAUCCCUUGCACGCUUUCUUUCUAUCAUCCCCAAAACAAAUAAAGCAAUGUAGCCUACAGCCUAUAGCUAACGUGGACAUUCCAGCCACCAACUAGUAAUAAAAUACAUUUUGAGUAUGUUGUGCCAGCUUUACCAUUAAAGUCACAGUUUAUAUUUUU